AUGUUGGCCCUCGGUAUUGUCUUCCUCCUUGGUGGUGCUACUAUUACAAGCUCCUACUACAAUACCGUCAUUGCCUUUGGCGUGCUACUUUGGCUGCUAUUUAUUGCCCUAGUUAUAUUUACCAGUCUUGCCAUGUGUGGUGUUUUGGUGUCUGAUUGGGCUGGGUACCAGUCUCCCAGGAAGGAGAAGGGAGUUGGUAUGAACCAAACUAGGGCUGGCCCUGCUCACGAAGUGCCGACGACCGAACAGUCAAUGGCUUAG